AAUAUUCAGUCAGUCUGUCCUGCGAGAUCUCCUGAGUCUAGAUAAAUGCGUUCAGGUGCCGCUGAACUGGUUUGACUGAAGGUUGGUUAUGUAGAAAGUUGCUGAGGUGCAGGAGCUCUAAAUAGAGUAAUUGAUUGUUUUUUGAGGAAGCCAUUCUGUAACAACAUGAGGGAAUUCACUGGGUGUGCCGUGCAUCUGAAAAUAGGCCUACUUUUGAGCUGUUGUCAAAAGUGUUCUGAACAUUGUGGAAAACAUUUUGAACUCUGAUGGUAUGGCAGACAUUCCUCAGGCAGGUAUCCCAGCGUUCUCUUCAUGGCUCGCUCAGAUUUCAGACGCUUUCACCAAUGGCUUCCGCCGCCUCGGCCAAAACGAAGCUGUUUACUCUGAGGUCUCAGUGAAAGAUGAGAGUUCAGAAGUGGAGCAGAACUUGAGGCUUGUUCAUGGAUCUGGAGUGGAUGUGUCCUCCAUGGAUCCAAAGGAAACGGCGCUGCGAGGUCAGGCCGACAGGUUUGAUUAUGCCCCCUCUGUUGAACGUCUGACCCCCAUCAGCGAACACACAGAAGAGCUGGAGAGCAGGAGGAGUCUGCAGGUGUCACGCUGCUCUGAUGUUGUGAAUAGUUACGGCGAUGAUGGUGAGAUUUCCAGCUCGUCAGACAGCGAUGAUGAGUUGGCAAAGCAGUUUGAGAUCUCCGUUUCCCGCUCACAAAGCUUCCGUUCAGGGGUUACGGAGCUCAACACCCAGAUUGCACCAGGGCCACAUCACAAAUUUAAACGUCUGCUGUCUGACCAGGAAGAAGGAAGCACAGAGCCGUCUGACUGUGAAGUAGAAGCUGAGAGAAACAGUGUGCAGAGUUUUCAAGAUCCCCUCUCAUCCAGGCGACGUGUAGGGUCUGAGCCGAGAGACCCCUUAUCGCAGAGUCCUCUUCCUGAGGGCCGAACCCCCACAGACCCCCUCUCUCUGAUGGCGGAGCAGAUUUCUGUGGGCUCCCAGGACACAGGAGACGGUCUGGAGGCUCUACCCAGGGAUGAGGGCAGUCGUCUGGGCAGCAUGGGGCGGCAAACCCCACAGAGGAGUCUGGCAGUUGACAAUCAAGGUUAUGACAACAGUGAGGCUACGGAUAGUUUCUCUGCAUGGAGCCCUGAGCAUGAACAAUCUCCAUCCCACCCUUUGAGCUCUUCUCCUCGUGGGCACAUCUCAAAAUGUGGUGACCUCAUAAUUGCCCUCGACUACCGGGCUGAAACCCACAGGCUUCUGGUCACCGUGAUAUUGGCCCAAGACAUUCCAGACAAGGCGCGGAGCGGUAUGGACUCCUGGAUGGUGCAUGUGGUGCUGUUACCUGGGAAACGGCAGAGGCACAAGACGGCCGUGCAGAAAGGCUCCAUGCCCAGGUUCGAGGAGACGUUCCGGUUUUCACAUCUAGAGCCUGGGGAUUUGGGUUCCUCUGCACUGCGGUUUCGCCUGUACGCGCUGGGGAAGAUGAACAGGGAGAGGAUGAUGGGAGAGGCCAUAUACAGACUGAGCAGGCUGAAACACACAGGCAGGUUCGAGAUCACGCUGCUGCUGGAGCCACGCAGUAAUCUCAAGACAAUAGACUCCCAGGUGUCUUUCAGCGCACAGAGUGACAGUGCUUCCUCCAGUCAGUCUGUGUCUCACGGUGGAAAUCCAGAACUACUGCUGGGAUUAUCGUAUAACGCCACCACAGGACGACUGUCUGUGGAGAUCAUUAAAGGCAGCCACUUCCGUAACUUCGCACUCAACAGACCUCCAGACACGUUUGGUAAGCUCUCUCUGUUGAACUCUAUGGGACAGGAGAUAUCCCGCUGUAAGACAUCCAUCCGUCGCAGUCAGCCGAAUCCGGUCUUCAAGGAGACGUUUGUCUUCCAGGUGGCGCUGUUCCAACUGUCCGAUGUCACAUUAAUGGUCUCCAUUUACAAUCGGCGGAAUAUGAAACGCAAGGAGAUGAUUGGCUGGGUGGCUCUGGGCCAGAACAGCAGCGGUGAGGAGGAACUUCUUCACUGGCAGGACAUGAAGGAGGGCGGAAACCAACAGGUCUGCCGCUGGCACACGCUACUGGAGGCUUAGAGGAGAGAGAUAGAAAUAUAAUCACUCUUACUGAACUGUGUUCAGCUGGAAAUUCCUUUGAGAAGGAAGAGACAGCCAAGGCCAAAAAUACCCACAAAAAACUGGAAUGAGCAAGCAACUUUUAACACUAUCAAACAAAGAUAAGGCAUGUGUUUAUGAAAAUCUUAGAAGCACAAAGAAACACCCACGCCACACCACUCUUCUCCCUGACAGUACUUAAUACAGCCUCUUAUCUGGUAACCAGGAAAUGACAUCACGGCGUAAUAUACAGACUACUCUCUUUAACCCCAGCAGCAACUAUUCAAAACGCAUUAUUGCCCGAGCCACCGUGAUUGUCGCCUAGUGAUUUAAUGAAUGGAGGAUUGAUUUGAAAUGAUUAAAUGCCUUUCUUCAGAUGAUUUUAAGCCUCAAGUUCAGACCCACACCAAAACAUGAUGGUUAUUGGUGAGGGUUUUGAAAGACCAAAUGAGUGGAAAACUGCACUUUCAUUCAUGCUCUCCUACUGAUGACACUGAAGCUGUUUCUUUCUAUUAAAUUUUACAUUUUUUUAAAUUACAUUUUACAUAAAAUAUGCUAUAAUUUAUAGUCCUGGACAGUGUUAUGAUAAAAGUUAGGAUACUUUUAUAAUGCUGUUAAAAGGGGUGCACAAGUUAUCCAUAUCAGAAUAAGCAAUAUCAGCAAAUGACCCAGAAAUGAAAUUUCUGUCAUUAUUUACUCACCCUCAUGAUGUUCCAAGCUGUAUAUCAUUCUUCUGUGGAACACAAAAGUUGAAUUUUUGAACUCUUUUCGGUAAUGGAAGUGAAUGAGGACUGGCGCUGUAAGGCUUCAAAAUGACUAAUUUGAUUUCUUUGACAUCCGACAUUGAUCUUACUCUGCAUGUUUAUGAGCGAAUUUGAUCAGCGAAUGAAUCCUUUCAAUGUUCUAGUUGACAAAAAUGGUGUAAAUGAUUCAUUUUAAUGAACUGAUCUAGUUCUCUGGUUCAUCAGAAUCAAUGACUAACUUUUUUCAAGUUGCUUGCGACGGUCGUUUGAAGCAAGUCGUUUAAAAAGUCGUGGCAUGCGAACAAAUGAUAUUGCAAUGGCUGUUACUGACUGUUUAAAUCUAGCGGGUUUGGUGUCUCCUGUUUCAAAUCCAAUGAUGCUGGUAGUGACGAUUCUCUCUGACCAAUUAGUGAUCUAAAGUGUUUACACAUCAUAUUUUAGUUUCGGUACGGCUCGCUUGGAACCUCAACCCGAGGUGCUACUAUUUAAACAAGCCGUACCAUGCAGUGGAAAAGCGCCAUAAAUGACCUGAUGGUGCUUUUGAAUCCAUUUUGAAGCUUGAAAGCUCUGUUCCCCAUUCAUUGUAAUUGCAUGGAAAGAGACCAAUCACCAAAAAUAGUCUGUACACACAGCACAGACACUUAUGCAUGUCCAAGAAAAUCUUUUUCAGACAAUCCCACUGUCCUCAUGACGUUAAAACCCAAACUCUUUUUUUUUAAUGCAUGUCUGUAAUGCUUUAUGCAUAUAUAAAGUGCCUGAUCUUGUCAAAUCUAUAUGGAGUUUUCAUUUAUAGCCAGUGAUUAUUGGAGACUAGCAUGGAAAACUCUGAAACAUUACAGAUGCAUGGACCUCUGUGUUUUAAAAAUCAAUAGUGCCUGUUUUGCAUGCCUUCAAAUAGUCUUUUUGAAGAUAAAUGCAUAUAUUUUUGUCUGUCAUUAAAGACAUAUCCCUAAGACAUGA